CUCCCGCAGAGUCAACAGGGAGGACGCGGUCUGCGAGCGGAGACACACGCACACACGCACACACACGCACACACACACAGUCACAGUCACAAUGGGAAGAAGGAGCAAAAUAUCUGCCCGAAGAAAGCUGUCGCACAGCUAGCGCGGUCGGAGCCAGAUAAGAAAAGUAUCUCCAAAUGCUAUUUACUGUGUGUUACGACUAGCCCAAGGACGUACGAGGCAGGCAAACACAGGCGAGCCCGGGGACGAGGUGCGGGAUUUGGAUGGCAUCUGCCAGAGCCAGGGAAGGGCUGUUGGAAAAACCUAAAGAAACAUGAGCUGGGAAUACGUUUGGAUAUCAUGUCUUGACUACAAAAGACUGAUUAUCCGCGGGUAACCUGCAGCGGCACGUCAGAAAUAAAGGCCUCCUCUGAUGGAGCACUGGGCUCUUUAAUCCAGCCAGAAACCUCCCCGACAGGCAGCGACGAGCUACGGCAAAGGGUGAGGACUCUUUAUUCACAAUUGAAGGGAUUUAUGGGAUCACAAGUUUCCUCUGAUGAGAUGAGUGUGCGUGCUGGCCAGGGCAGUGAUGAGGUGCUGGUUUCACAGGCGGUGUGGGAUUACCUGGCUGCUGCUGGGCGGCCCUGGCUCAUUGACUUCCAGCACAAGCAGGGGAUGAGCGCUGGUAUCAUUAGGCGAGGGGAGAGGGGGGGCUGCUGCGCCGUGAGGCUGCAGCCGGUGGAGGGCUCCAGGAACGGUGGAGCCGGGGUGAUGGAUGGACCCAUCUCCAGCGAGACACGGAAAGCCUUCAUCGACUUAUGCCGCUGUGCCCGCAAAGAAAUGAGCAAGCAGGACGGGGGACCCAAGAGGAAGAGGGCUCUGCUGCCCUGUGUGGGAGUCCUGGAGCCAAACGUAGAGGGGAGCCUCCUUCAACCUCCACCUCCCCAGCCUCGGCGCUCCCAGAGACAGCAGCAGAGGUUCAGGAAGCCGGCCGAUGAGGAGGCCUGCGCCAUGCUCCACGAGGCAGCUCAGAGAAAGGACAUGGACUCCAGCUUGGCUUCCCAUAGUGAGGCAGAGGACAACAGCACUUGUUCAAUCUGCAUGGGGGACAUAGUGGAGAAGACUACCUUGGAGCGGUGUGGCCAUUCAUUCUGUCGCUCUUGUGUGGAUCAAGCCUUUAAGGUGAAGAAAGCGUGUCCUGUGUGUCGGCUGGUGUACGGCCAGCUGAUUGGGAACCAGCCUGCUAAUGGUACGAUGAUCGUAGAGCGAGAUUCUGAAAUGGAGCUUCCUGGCCAUGAAGGCUUUGGGUGCAUCUGCAUCAUCUACAGCUUCCCUCCUGGCCUACAGGCGCCAGAACAUCCCAACCCGGGUGUUCGAUACCCAGGAACAGACCGCGUGGCCUACCUCCCUGACAGCCCUGAGGGGAACCGUGUGCUGGGACUGCUGCGCCGGGCCUUUGAACAGCGCCUUAUCUUCACCAUCGGUACCUCCAUGACUACCGGCAUGCAAAAUGUCAUCACCUGGAAUGACAUUCACCACAAGACCUCAAUAUGGGGCGGGCCCCGCUGUUUUGGCUACCCAGACCCCACUUACCUGGUGCGAGUGACAGAGGAGCUCAGAGAGAAAGGCAUCACGGCGGACUGACAGCAUCAAAACUGCUCUUUCAAGACUUUGUAGGACUUCCCGAGUGUCCGUGCGGUGGACAUGACUCGGCUCCAGGUUGUGCUCUGAGACUGCCCGUCCCUUAAGGGAUGGCUGAAGACGAGGCCCUCAGCAGACAGGCGUCUAAUGCUGCAGCAGAGCCCACUUCACUCCACUACUUGUUCCUCUGUUUGUUAAUUUUUCCUGCAUAGUUCAGCUUAUUCCAGUGCUCCAUGUGGAAGAAAAAUACUUUGAGUGCAGUGCAUUCUUGUAUUACACAAUCCUCUACCUGUCACUUUUGGCAACAGGGCCGAUAUCUGAUGCACUUAUUUAAGAGCAUCGUGUUGCAAUUCAUGGUACUUGUAUGUUAUUUAGAAAAUCUAAGUUAUAUCUUAUGAAGACAGUUUGUUACACUAAUAUUUAUUUCUAUUCUGGGGUUUAUUUUAUUUCUUACAAGCACACAUUCUUAGUUUUAUCUCCCCAGUAACGUUUAAGUAAGUCUCUCAUUUGAUUUCUAACUACCUGUUGUAAGGAUAUUACUUGGGUUAUAUGUCAAAAUAGCACUGCUUAAAUAGAAAGUAUUAAUUUUCCAAAAUUAUUGCAAUCUAAAGCACUCACGGGCACUUUUGUAAGGGAGUUUUUUCCUUUCUAUUCCCUCAGUGAAGUCAGUCAUGGUUUUCGGUUCCUCUGUGUGGAAGAGCGCUCGGAGCAAACAGGUUCGUGCAGCUAUCAGCUAUUAGCUCGGUGGCUACAAGUUGAUGUCAAUUGCUUGGAACUCUUCUUUUGCGUGCAGUCUUUUUUUGUUCCUCCAUGUUCCCUAAAUAGGAAGAAUGUUAAACUAUGGCUCACUGCAGCACUUUGUGACAUACAUUAGGACGUUCCCCUGGGUUGUAUUUCUUUUCAUUCAUUGGUCACUCCUGUUAUUUCAAGAUGUCUCCCAGGUGUUGAGCCCUUUACCUCAGUUGUUGGUAAUGCGUUCAUCUAAUUACCAGAUUUAUGACGAUGUCAAAUAUAAAAGGGCAUAUAGACCACUUAAACCAAAUCAAAGGCACAAAAGCUCUUAAAAUAUCUAUGCCUCUGUCCCUGUCAAACUGGGAGAUUUGCCUGCUAAUGUUGUCAUUUAAAAUGAGGUAACUGUUGUGAAUUUGUUUAUCUAAAUAGAUAAUCUAUGAUACACAUCGAAAAAAAUAACUAAAGAAAAUGUUGCAGGAACAAUUGAUCUGAUUUAGGUUGGGGUGUUGAUCUCAUUUUGUUGUGCCUUUCUUAUAUUCACUUUUGAUAAAAAUCAAGCAUGAUGAUACUAAUGAAUGGAAAGCAGUUUGGACAUAUUCAGUUUUGUUUCAUAGCUAAAAACGGCAUUAUGUUUGUAGCUGUACUAUCGGGCUUUAAGUUCAAAUAUUACACAGUUCAUGAAAAUAUGUAUACAAAUGAGUAUUAAAUCAGCUUCUCCUUCAUAAACAUUCUCUAGUCCAAAUGCUGAAAAACCCUCAGACUGAUAAAGCUGUAUGUGUGAGAGUGCUUUGCUAAGUGCAGUAACCUGCUUGGCUAGUGGGACAUUAGUUAUUAAUUUGACUGGUCAGAUCCAGACAUCAAAUACCCAUUUAUUUUGUUUUCAUCCCCUUUGUGUUUUAGUUCGGGACCAACUAAAAUAUUUUUGGGACACAGGAUUGUAGUUCACUAAAGCUACUGUGCAAACAUUUCUAUGCAUUACAUGUCUGAGGAGGAGCCAGGAGAACGAAUAGUUGGAGAGACUUCACGUAUUACGAAUUGAUUGUCAAGGAAAAGUUGGAGUUUUGCUUUUUCUAAUUGUGUUGAUUCUUACUUUGUUGAUAUCCAGAAUAAUGUGCUUUACAUUUUAAUACUUGAAUAAAAAGUUAUGUUUGGGUU